AUGGAUCCUGAAGGCCUCGAGGAUGCGCUGGACUUGUCCAGGGACAGGUCGCAGAACCAGGGUGUCUACAUCUACCAACCCGUAAAACCUGGGAAAGCUACCGGCGAGCGACCCUCGAAACGACGCAAGGUCUCCUCUACCAACAAUCAAGGACAGAGAUCCGAUGUCCAAUGCUUUGUGCCAUUGUUGAAUGGAGAAGAAAAUGCCGAGUCAUCGCAAUUGCGACACGAAACCUACAAACAGCUUUGGUCGGCACAGGAGCAUAAGAUUCAGGCUAUUCUUGAAGAUGUUGACGCCGGAGUAUUGGCCGAUGUGCUCUCUUUUGUGAGAGAAAACUCUCCUGAAACAUGCAACGGAUGUAUCCCUACAGGUCUGGUGACAGUCGGAUCCAAUGUUUCCUCCCUGAGCAGAUUGCUCUCUCGUCUCAACGAUCAAUUACUAGCCAGUGGCGAAGGCGGUGUUGUGGUGCUGGAGUCCGGUGAUGCUCCUAAUUUGAAGUCAUCCUUGAAGAAUAUCAUUCGAGCCGCGAUCACAAAUACCGAGGGAAAUGAUGGAUACCAGAAGUUCUUGACCGAUCGGGCGGGACCUCGACUGCUUGGAUAUGACCUGGACCUUCUUAACGACUACGUUCAAAGAAAGGGCACGAAAAAGCUGGUUCUUGCACUUCGAGACAGUGAAGCCUUUGACCCAGGUCUAUUGAUGGAUCUUUUGUCACUUUUCAAGUCCUGGCUUGAUCGCAUUCCAUUCACAGUUCUUCUCGGUAUUUCGACCUCCGUCGAGCUGUUUGAAGGUCGUUUGCCUCGUGCAUGUGUUUCUUUGCUUCAAGGCAAGCAUUUCGAAGUCCAAGAAGCAGGGAACUGUGUCGACCGUAUCUAUGAAUCGCUCCAGACCGACCCACAGGGAAAGCUGUGGCUGGGCCGCAAUGUCACUAGCACUCUUCUGGAAAAGACGCAUGACUAUUUUCAAACACCUGAAGCUUUCAGUCGCAUGGUCAAGUAUGCGUAUAUGUCACAUUUCUUCGCGAACCCGCUCGCGGUGCUGUUGGGAAAUCCAGCGCCAGCUACGCUUUCUCAACCCAGACUAUGUGAGGCCAUUAGACAUCUGCCAUCAUUCCGCAUGUUUUGCGAAGAUUUACUAGAGGCGGGGUCUCCCGAUGAUGUACGGAGUUUGCUAGAAAACGAUGAAUACCUGCUUCAGGAGGCGCUCAGUCAUGUUAGCGCGGGCCAGCAAAGCAUGCAACAAAUAUUCCAGGCUGUUCUUGUCAUCCAUACCUGCAUCCAGCACACGCAACAAGGCUCAAAGAAGACCAAUGUCUCUGAUCUUUCUGUUCGCGCCCUCUCUGGCGAGCUGAAUGACUCCCAGGUGGCCGAUGACAUGCUAGCGACAGUGAGGACUUUCGACUCCGAAAAGCUGGGUCUCCUGCUCGACUCUUUGCCCAAGACACUUCCUGCCGUCCUAGCUCUCGAAGAUAUCCGAGCCGAUUUUGCGACAUUAGUCGAGGCAAAUGCAGAGUUCGAACCUCUACGAAGUGAAUACAACAUCAACAGCUCUGUGGUGAAAACUACGGUUGUCCAGCAAAGGAUUCUACUCAGCAAAGGAAAAGCCAACCUAUCCGAGCAAGACAUCGAGUACACUCGGAUUGUCGAUCGACUGGUCGGUGCAUUGCAAGAAUACCUCACAGAGACAUUGAUCCAGCCACAGGAGCUGUUCAUGCACGAAGCUUUCUUGUUCGACCUGCGCAACCCCUUGAAAGAAAACUUUACACCCCGACCACGAUUCGCUCUGGAACGUGCAUUGGCCAAUCCUUUUGACUACCUUAUUUCCUCGACAGAUGCAAGCGGCGCCAGGAUUUCCGCCAAGCAGCCUGCUACUGCGAUUCUUUAUCAGCUCUAUCUCGAAUCCGGGGCUUUGGUCAACAUUCACGACUUGUGGCAGGCUUUCUACGGAGUAUUUGAGGGCGACCAGGGCAACACUUGCGAUGAUCGCAUGAUCAUGUCCCUGUUCUACGGCGCGUUGUCUGAUCUUAAAUCCUUUGGCAUGGUUAAGAAUAGUCGGAAGAAGACCGACCAUCUUGCCAAAUCCGCGUGGAUGGGACUAUGACCUAGUUUAUUUUCAAUAAUUCAUGAA